UGGUUGGCGUGAGGAAACAUUCUUAGUGCCUGCUCUGACAUGUGGGCGCAGUGUCAGUCCAGUGGUGCGCUCCCGCUGCUGGAGAGGCUUUCUGUUGGGAACUUUCUGUGAGUGAGUCAACACGGCACAGGGAGGACGCCACCCAGCCCCGCCGCUGGAUCCAAAUGCUGGGCUUCUUUCUUGCCCUCCCGAGGACGCAGGACACAAGAGACAACUUCACUUUCGACCUCUUCUCAAAGACCGGGGAUUUAUCGUUUAGCCUUCGCGCAGCGGGGAUGUUUUUUGUCUUUUUGACGCGGCUCUUUCCUCUUUGGAAUUAACGCGGCGGAGGAGAAAUGAAAGUGACGGUGUGUUUCGGGAGGACCCGGGUGGUCGUUCCGUGCGGAGAUGGGAAUGUAAAAGUCUUUUACCUUAUCGAACAAGCGGCCCUGAGGUAUAAGAAGGCGAUCGCAAAGGACCCCAGCUACUGGGUCCAGGUCCACAGAUUGGAACAUGGAGAUGGAGGCAUUUUGGACCAGGAUGACAUGCUGUGUGAUGUGGUGGAUGACAAAGAUAGGCUGGUGGCAGUAUAUGAAGAGCAGGAUCCUCACAAUGGAGGUGAUGGUACCAGUGCCAGCUCCACAGGUACACAGAGUCCAGAACCCUUUGCCAGUGACAUGAGUUCGGCAUCAGCCUUCCAGCCCUACCAGGCCAACAGUGAGAUCGAGGUCACCCCAACCGCUCUACGGUCAAAUAUGCCUCUCCAUGUCCGUCGCAGCAGUGAUCCCUCCCUGGCUGACCUUCCUCCGGGCGAAGUCCCGGUGGGUCCAGAGGAACCGUCCAGAAAGAAUCCAACUCGCUGGUCCACAACUGCUGGCUUUCAGAAGCACAGCCAUAAACCAAAUACAAGCGCAGGCACCGGCAGCCUGGAACGAAAGGGUAGAGGAGGGCAUGCCUAUCGGAGUCUUCCUCGUGAUGCGAGUGGCUGGACCACUCAGUUCCAGAGAGAGAUGACUCGAUCUUCCCUCAGCGCCAACCAUCCAAUGGUGGACCGAUGGCUUGACCGGCAAGAACAGGAGGAGAAGGAGGAAGAAGAGCAAAGGAGACAAGAAAGGAGGAUUGAACGGAUAGAGCCAGUAGGGAGAGCUGAUUCCUCAUUGGAACAUUCACCCGUGUUAAACCUAGAAGGCAUGCUCAAGCCGGUGGAGGUGUCCAAUGAAGGAGGGCCCCUGGGUAUCCAUGUAGUGCCUUUCAGUGCGCAGGACAUCAGGACUCAGGGCCUGCUAGUGAAGCGUCUGGAGCGUGGGGGCAAAGCGGAGCAGGAGCGUCUCUUCAAGGAGAACGAUUGUAUCGUCAAAAUUAAUCAGGGAGACAUUCGCCACCUGCGCUUCGAACAAGCCCAGAACAUUUUCAAACAGGCAAUGCGUUGCCCGGUCAUCCUCUUCCAUGUAGUCCCCGCAGCUAUGAAGAGGCAGUACGAGCUGCUUGCGGCCCAGAGUGAGCUCAGCCCUCCACAGUCCAACAGAGUCCGCUUUAGCCAAGACUCUCAGCUGCCAGGGGACAGGUCCAGCCUGGUGGGGGGGCUGAUGUCCAGGUCUGGACCAGAACCAGGCCUCAACCACAACCACCAGGGACCCCUGUCAGGAAGCACUCCAGAGCCAAGUCGACGGUACGCCACAUUACCCCACAACUUGGUCUCCAGGACCUCGUCAGCCCCCUCCCCCUCCCUGCAGCGCAGGGUAAGCACAAACCCGUCCACCAGCUCCUACCUGAAGAACAAAGGCCGCAGGUUCAAUAUCCAGCUGAAGAAAGGUCCAGAGGGUCUUGGGUUCAGCAUCACUUCCAGAGACGUCCCCAUUGGUGGCAGCGCUCCCAUUUAUGUUAAAAACAUCCUUCCUCGAGGGGCCGCAAUCCAAGAUGGCAGAUUAAAGGCUGGAGACCGGUUGCUGGAGGUUAGUGGAGUGGACCUGAAUGGAAAGAGCCAGGAAGAGGUGGUGGCCCUGCUCCGAGCCACGCCCAUGGGUGGGACUGUGAACCUGUUGGUGAUUCGCCAAGAGGACUCCCUGCUGCCCCGAGAAGUGCAGCCAGAGGAAGAUGACAUGGUGUUAACCCCUGAUGGUACAAAAGAGUUCAUGACCUUUGAGAUCCCUCUGAAUGACUCGGGCUCAGCAGGCCUGGGGGUCAGCGUCAAGGGUAACCGGUCCAAGGAGAACCACACCGAUUUGGGCAUCUUUGUGAAAUCCAUUAUCAAUGGAGGUGCUGCUAGCAAGGAUGGGCGUCUACGUGUUAACGAUCAACUCAUUGCAGUCAACGGGGAGUCAUUGCAUGGGAUGACCAACCAGGACGCCAUGGAAACACUUCGCAAAUCCAUGUCUGUAGAGGGCAACAAGCGAGGGAUGAUUCAGCUCAUUGUGGCGCGGCUGGUGUCCAAAAACAAUGAGGAAGCCCCUGGCAGCCCACCAGUUUUAGAGCAUCCUGUGAAUUCUCUACUGGACAACCAUGAGCGCCGGAUUUCCCACUUGUAUGAAACCAUCGAAGGCUUGGACAACAUCUCCACGCCGCUGACUAAUAUGAUGGGACGCAUUGGUAACUACCAGCUCUCUCCGACUGUGAACAUGCCGCAGGACGACACGGUGAUGAUCGAAGACGAUAGGCCGCCCCUGCUUCCUGCCCACCUUUCCGACCAAUCAUCCUCCAGUUCCCACGAUGACAUGGGCUUUGUGGGAGAGAACCCGGUGCCCUGGAUCCACGAGCUGCCUGAUCAGAAUGAAUGCUCACUCAGUCCAGACGCAGACGCUGACGGUUCGUUCCAGAGGGAGGGCUUUGGUCGCCAGAGUAUGUCAGAGAAACGCACCAAACAGUAUGAAAACGCUGCUCACCUGGAGAUCGUCAAGACACGCAAGUCCAAGAGCAUGGAUCUAGUAGCAGAUGAGAUUAACUGCAGCACAAGAACCAAUGGAGGUUCUGCAGAACAAGAGGUCGGACCCUCCCUGGGCCUGAAAAAGUCCAGCUCCCUUGAAAGCCUCCAGACGGCUGUUGCCGAGGCAACAAUAAAUGGUGAGAUCAACGUUAACAGGCCACGCUCACGGAUCGUCAGGGGCCGCGGCUGCAAUGAGAGCUUCCGAGCUGCAAUUGACAAAUCGUACGAGAAACCUGGUGUCACAGCGGCAGAAGAAGAGAACAGCAUGGAGACUUUGGACGAGGACACAGAGGGAAGUUCCAGAUCUGGUCGGGAGUCAAUGUCCACCAGUGGCGACCUCAUUGUGGGCCCUGGGCUGAACGGCUCCAUCUCCAAAGAUGACAGACAGAAAGAUCGGGACAAGGUUGGGGGAAAGGAAAAGAAGAAACCUGACAGGGAUAAAGAGAGGGAGAAAGACAAGGACAAGAACAAAGCCAAGAAAGGCGUGCUGAAGGGCCUGGGCGAUAUGUUCAGGUUUGGAAAACACCGGAGGGAUGAGCGGCCAGGAGACAGGAUGGAGAGGAAAGGCUCCAGUAAAUCUAAAGCUGAGGACAUGCAGGCGUCAGAAGAGGAGACCCUGCGGAUGAGGCUGGAACAAGAGAGGAUACAGGCCAAGACGCGGGAGCUUCGGGAGAGGCAGGCAAAGGAGAGGGAAUAUGCUGAGAUCCAAGACGUUGUCAGCCGCACGUUCAGCUCAGAUGAGGAACACACCUACGCUGGCAUCGAAUCAUUGGACUCGUCGGUGGAUAGUAGCAGCAUGGACCCUUACAAUCACCACUACCAUCUUCCUCAGAGUCCCCAGAGUCCUCACCUUCCCAUGAGCCUUCCAGACAAUGGUCCACCCCUGGAAGCUCUGUAUGCUCAGGUCAACAAGCCGCGCAAUGGACGCCCUGCAGCUCCAGACAGCAGUGAGAUGGCUCCCAGUAACCACGACCGGAUACAAAGGCUGAGGCAUGAGUUCCAGCAGGCCAAGCAGGAAGAGGACCCAGAGGACCUUCGGCACACCUACAGCUUUAACCAGUCCUGGGUGAGCAAUGGGACGGAGACACCGAGCGGACGCCAUUCAGUAACAGUCGAGUCUCAGGUCCAGAAACAGCAGCAAGAGGACAGAGAUGAUUUCCAGCAAGCACAAAGACAGUACAGCUCCCUGCCACGGCAACCUCGUAAGAACCCCAGCACGGUGUCCCAGGACUCAUGGGACAAGGCGUACAUGCCCGCAGAGGGAUUCCAGACAUCCAAGGAGAACCCCCGCUACUCUGGUGGCCAGGGAUCACGAAACGGCUACCUGGGAACGUCCAGCUUCAAUGCCCGUGUCCUCCUAGAGACUCAGGAGUUGCUGAGGCAGGAGCAGAGACGCAGAGAGCAGGAGGCCAGCAAAGCCAGGCCACCUCCUGCACAGGAAACCCCCAGCGGCAGCACCUACGACCACAACAGAGACCACAUUCAAGCCCCAGUCUCUGCCCCGGUGCAGGCCCCGCCUCAGUCCAAGGGCCCCUACAGACAAGACGUACCCCCGUCGCCUUCUCAGCUCGCCAAGCUCAGCAGACUUCAGGGUUCAGAGAAAGGGAGGCUGUUUUACUCCUGAGACUGUAGCUAAGGAACUGUAAAUGUUUGAGAGAGUAGGACUGAUUAAGAUGCAUCAACUGGGAAAAACACAAAGAGGGCAAUGAGACUGUUUUUAUAAAAAGCUGAGAUACAAAGAUUUUUAUGGGACUGCUGAAAGAAAAUGUUAAUAUUUAAAAAAAGAUUUUUUAAUGAUAUGAACCAUUAUCUGUUUAAGUUGUCACAAAAAGAAAUGAUUCCAGAUCUUUUUCUAUCCAGCAUCAAGAUCAUCUAACUAUGUGUAUAAGUGCCUUCUUGUCCUUCACCUUUUGUAGGAACAGCCCCAUCACUUUUGGCUCAUGAUGUGGAGCUUUGACCCAUCCAUCUGACACAUUCAGUAGAGGCAGACAUCACAGCAGAAAGCAAGGUUUGAGCCAUCACUGCAUGGCCACAUCUGACAGCAGUCUGACCUAAACAUCAUAACAGCAAGCACAAGACACGGCCCAGGCAGGUUUUUUUGUACCACUCGGCACUGGCGGGGAUCUCAGUCGAUACCACGCUUGUGUGAAUGAGGCUUAUUUCUGCUGUUCAUGCGGACUUUGUUGAGCACUCCCGCGUUUAUGUGUGUGUGAAUGCUGGCAGGAGUGGGCGAGUGGUGACAGAGUGUGGAGGUUAAGCAGUUUGUGUGAACUGUGCAGUCAGAGCUUGACCGCUCACCCCCUCCUCAACUCAGACAAAUGUCCCUUUUGGUUUCAGAUACAACACUGAGUGUGUAUCCUCCUUCCAAGUCCCUGUUGUAUUCAGUAUGAUAAUCCUGAAUUCUCUCUUCCUCUGGUGGCCGCUUUAUCUCCCUUUUUUUCCCUUCACAUUGUCACCCUCACCAUACGGCACUCUCACUGGAGGAAAACAGCUUUAGGUCUCCUUUAUUCCUACCCUGUCCCACCCACCCGGGAAAUCCAGCUGUAUAAAUGGGGUCAGGUCUGGGUUAUUAAUUAAUGUACCUCAUUAAAAAUGAAUGGGGCCCCUUUGUGUGUGUGUGUGUAUGUUGUCGUGUAUGACGAGAAGGAAGAAACAGCGACCUUGUCGGCGUGGCUCUGGCCCCGGCCUCGCCUAGAAUGAUUUGGCUGUAACCGAAGCCUGUUGGCCCCCAGGUGUCUGAGUUGUUCCUCGCUGAAUAUUUCAUCAGGGUGGUUACAUUGGAAACCACAUCGACUCUGCAGUGGGUGGCCUCAGUGUGGGACUGCGUAUCCAUCAGCCCGAUACAAUAGAGCUGAUUUUGUUUUCCUUUCAUGAUUAUGUCCAUUGCUAGAAAACCAGUUGGGAGCUUUUCCGUUGUUCAAUCGAUAAUUAGUGGUGCAUUUUUCAAAGUGUGUGUCAGAGUCUAUAUGUAUGGCCCUCUCUGUGUUUGUGUUUGUGUGUGUGUGUGUGUGUGUGUGUGUGUGUGUGUGUGUGUGUGUGUGUAUUUCUGUGUUCCUGUAUUUCCAUCCUUGUAAGAACAAGAGCCAGAAUUUUUAGUUGUCAGAUUGAGGACAUUUUUUGCAAUGCGAGGCAGUUAUAAUGAGGUCCAAAUUACUUAAUUGAUAUGAAGUAGUUAAGAAAUUACUCUGACCUACUGUUUAUUGGACCAGAUUUGGGGGCCAUUUUGCCCUUUGGUACAUUUACAUGCACUCAAGAAACCAGGUUAGAGAUAACACAGUUACUGUAGUAACCUGGUUACAGUAAAUCUGUGUAUUCGUGCAGCAUGUCGGUAAUCAGAUUUCUGUCCCAGCCCAUUAGCAUUAACUACUAUUUGAACUGUUGUAGUAAUACAAUAUGUGCUUUGUGAUUCAUAUGAUUGAAUAUUACUACUUUUCAAAUGUUUAGCAAGACAAACUGUCUCAUUUAGACUUCUAAAAGCUACUUUGUGUCAGUUUCAGUUUUAGUCGGACUUGCAUUGUUUUAUGUAAUGAUCUUUCCUGCUGUAAAGGAGCAGCAAUACUUUCCCUGUCUGAAGUCUUUGCCAUGCAAAUGUAAAAUGCUGAAUAGAAGCCUGGUUACACAUAUACAUGGCCAUAAAAUCUGCAUUCACCAGGAGCAAUCUGUUUGGUUUUUGUAAUUAUGGAAUUAUGGAUUAUGGAAACCAGGUUUCGGGUUUGCAUGAUGUUUAUGAAAUCACCACCAACUGUUUCCUGAUUACUUACUGUAAGUGCAUGUAAAUGCUAUGCUUUUUAGAAAUGGUGCAGGAACUAUGCACUGCCAUAUUUGCAAGACACAGUUUUUAGUAGUUGUUUAAAUGAAACCUUCAUGUGCAAACACAUAUUAUCCAUUGUCAUGAACAAGCUGUUGUUCAUACAGAAAGAAUGGUUGUCUAUGUCCUAUUAUUAAACAUUUGAAUUCAUUUGUGACACUAAACACAAUCAUAAACCUUUAUGAUUGAGACUAGAAAGAGGAUUAAGGUUUCCAUUAUGCAUGCAGUGGUCAGAGUAGGAUCUAUAGGUUUAUUGGGGCUCAGGUUCUGUGGCCCUCACAAAUUCAUGAAAGAAUUUGUGUUCUCACACAUACAAGGGUAUGUAAAAUACAGCACUAGUAUGUUUGUUCAUCUGCCAAUGUUUCAGUGUGUGUGUGUGUGUGUGUGUGUGUGUGUGUGUGUGUGUGUGUGUGUGUGUGUGUGUGUGUGUGUGUGAGUAGGUGGACAUGUGUUUAAGUGUCUGUGAAGGCUGCCAGUAACUGGAUGCUCCAAUAUGUCUAUGAAUAUGUCUUGGCAGCCAUAUGAACCAUUUGGCUGCUGAGAGGGAGAAGAGCAAAGGAGUAGGAGGGAGAGAAGAUGGGAGGCCUGACCUUGCAGAUGAUUCAGUCAAUGGAGUAAUCACAACUAUUCCUCUGAGUCGGCAGUACAAACAGGAGGUUACCAACAAGGCUGCGCUCACUUUUGCUGUCUCUUUUUCCUCUUCAUUUAUCUCCUUCAUCUGUCAGUCAGUUUCACACGGCUGUUUGUUUUACUCUGGAGCAGAAUUAAACUGGGUCUGAUUUGUAUGGGGGAAAGUGACUGUGUGUGUGUGUGUGUGUGUGUGUGUGUGUGUGUGUGUGUGUGUGGUGUGUGUGUGUGUGUGUGAGUGAGGGUGAGGGGGGUUAAGCUCUGACACAGCAGCUGUUUUAACUGAUGCUUCCAUGAACUGGGGAGGGGUUCAAGUGCCUGCAAUAUCUAACAAGUUAUUUUUUUCAUAUGCAAAUUUGAUAAUAUCCCAUAAUGCACGUUUAUUAUUUGUGUUGUGUAAUUAAUGUUUGUGCGCCACCCCUGUGACACACGGAUUCUUCCCAUAAAGCUAUUGUUUCGGGGGAUUUUUUUUUUAUCCUGGGAGAAAUGAGAAAUAUAUUGUUAUUGUUUCAUUGUGUUUUUAUGACCAUCCCUCAUUGUGUUUUAUUAUCCACAAUAUGGUACUAUGGUGGUAAAAAAUGACUAAUAUGUAAGCACAGUGCAAUUUUCCUUUUUACAACCGUGUAUCAUUAAGAACUGUUUCUGCUGUUCUCUGUACAUACAAUAUAAACUUUUUUUCAGUGAAUAAAUUGAGGGUAGUUUCAAA